UGGGAAGAAUGUCCCUUACAUUGGGGGUCAGUGGAAGAAUGUCCCUUACAUUGGGGGGUCAGUGGGAAGAAUGUCCCUUACAUUGGGGGUCAGUGGGAAGAAUGUCCCUUACAUUGGGGGUCAGUGGGAAGAAUGUCCCUUACAUUGGGGGUCAGUGGGAAGAAUGUCCCUUACAUUGGGGGUCAGUGGGAAGAAUGUCCCUUACAUUGGGGGUCAGUGGGAAGAAUGUCCCUUACAUUGGGGGUCAGUGGGAAGAAUGUCCCUUACAUUGGGGGUCAGUGGGAAGAAUGUCCCUUACAUUGGGGGUCAGUGGGAAGAAUGUCCCUUACAUUGGGGGUCAGUGGGAAGAAUGUCCCUUACAUUGGGGGUCAGUGGGAAGAAUGUCCCUUACAUUGGGGGUCAGUGGGAAGAAUGUCCCUUACAUUGGGGUCAGUGGGAAGAAUGUCCCUUACAUUGGGGGUCAGUGGGAAGAAUGUCCCUUACAUUGGGGGUCAGUGGGAAGAAUGUCCCUUACAUUGGGGGUCAGUGGGAAGAAUGUCCCUUACAUUGGGGGUCAGUGGGAAGAAUGUCCCUUACAUUGGGGGUCAGUGGGAAGAAUGUCCCUUACAUUGGGGUCAGUGGGAAGAAUGUCCCUUACAUUGGGGGUCAGUGGGAAGAAUGUCCCUUACAUUGGGGGUCAGUGGGAAGAAUGUCCCUUACAUUGGGGGUCAGUGGGAAGAAUGUCCCUUACAUUGGGGGUCAGUGGGAAGAAUGUCCCUUAC